UAAUAUCAGUUUGUGAUUUGAGUUGAACCUAAACCUAAAUAACAAAAAAUAAAUUACAAAAGAUGGCUAAAAAAGCUUUAGUUUUGAUGUAUCCCCAAAACGAAGAGAAUGAAAUCAUCAUUCCAGUUAGUGUUCUUCGAAGAGCGAAUUACGAAGUUAUUAUCGCAAGUAAAACGAAAGAUCCUGUAAUUGGAUCUAGAGGGAUGUACAUUGUACCUGAAACCACCUUAAAAGAAGCCAUGCAUCGUGGUCCUUAUGAUGUCAUUGUCGUUGGGGGUGGAAGAAAUGGGUGGAGGAGCUUAACUGAUGAUCCGGAUGUAGGAAAAAUUUUAAGAGAGCAAGAAAAUUGUGGUCGAUUAAUUGCAUCUAUUUGCACUGGAGCUAUCGCGUUGAAAAAUCAUAGAAUCAUGUACGGAAGAAAAAUUACUUCUUAUCCCGCUAAGGUGGUAGAAGAUAUGGUUCGCGAGGGUGAUAAUUACAUCUACAAAUAUGACGAUGUCGUUAAAGAUGGAAAUUUCAUUAGUAGCAGAGGGAAUUAUACUUCUUGGCACUUUGCCCUGUCGAUUGUUGAGUAUUUAUCUGGAAGACCACUUGCUGAAGAAGUUGCCCAAGAAAUGAUUACUGCGUAUUAAGAUUUACUGCGUUCAUUUUGAUUUACAUAUUUUGUCUAAAUUUUGUCUAAACAGUGUAAACAAUGUCAAAUAACUAAUAAAUUGUAUCAAAUUAA